UUUUGUUUUCGUCACUCAUUCGCAUUUACAAUCAUAUGUGCAUUUGCACGCCAUUUAAUUUUUACCGUUUGUUUUGGAGUGCUGAAAUUGGAAAAUUUCUCAAAUUAGACCUCAGUAAAGUUCGAUUUAGUGCAGAGAAAAUGUUUACGAUUCGAAAUGAAUCGAAAAAGAUCAAUGCUCGGGAAAGAUUGGGCCCGCCGAUUGUAAAUACAAGUGCUUGCGAAAAAAUUCAUAUCUCAAGUCAGCCGGCAAAAUUGUUUGAUCGGAAAUUCGUGGCUACUGCAUUACGGAAUACACAUUGCUGUCCCAAAUGUCGCAGCGAAUAUUCAACCAACUAUGAUCUCCGUAUGGGCGAUUUGCACGUCAAAAGCAAUCGCCCAUUCCUACUCUCCUGUGGACAUAAUAUGUGCGAAAAUUGCAUUUAUCAAAAUCAUCAGAAUCUUGUUUGUAGCAUUUGUCAGCAUCCAAUUAUCAUCGACAAACGCAAUCCACCAUCAAUAUCACUGAGUUGUAUUGGAUUGCAGCAAAAUCAACGUCACCAUGUCCAGCAGCGACAUGAAAAUUUCAAUGUACGCGAUUUCUUUUACAUGAAUUUCUUUUUAAUUGGCGAAUUGAAUCAUUUGCGAUUCUAUCGUCGCGAGAGUUCGGCAAAUAAUUCGCUAAUGAUAUCUGGCCAAAGUCCGCCAUCACCUUCCAACAGUGCCAAUCGUACACUAGCUUCUGGCGCGCAGGCAUUGCUACAAGCGGUUGUCUUAAGAUGCUCGGAGUGUGAAUUAGAGCCGGCAGUGGGCUUUUGUCGUCAAUGUACCGUGCACUAUUGUCGCAUCUGCUAUGAUUCUAUUCAUAUGUACGGAAAGGCACUGAAACGACAUGCAUUCGUACCGCUGGACGAUGGAAGAAAUGCCAGUAAAAAUUCAAAAAUACCGCGUGCCACAACUUGUCAUAAACACCACAAGCGAGUCAAGGAUCGUUUUUGUCGCACAUGUCAAUCAGUUUGUUGUGGGUUAUGUGCAAAAACAGAACAUAAUGGACAUCGCUGGAUUCUAUUGGCAACUGAGAAUGAAGGAAUGAGAGAUGAAAUUGAAAACAUUUUGGCAUCGGUGAAAAUGUCGCGGGAGAAUUUACGCAAAGCACAGAAGGUAAGUCACAUAAAUAUAGCACAAGCAUUUUUAAUACAUCCAAGAAGAGUUUUAGUUUUAAAAGCAGCCCGCAAAUGCACUUGCCUCAAGUUUCGAAGAAAAAAGUAA